GAUAAGCUGUAAUAUGCCUGUCCCUGGCUAAUGCUGAAGAUAUGUUCCUGAGUAGCAGUGAGGGCAACCAAUGAGAUUGUGGCAGGGCGGUGUCUCUGUGGAAAGAGGAUGUGGUAACCUAGCCCUCUAUUUCUCAGGGGCUGCAAAUGACAUAAGGUAAAAUAAAGCUCAUUCACCAUCUGCAAAGGAGAAUGAAUUGAGAGCAAGCCAGGAGGGAGAGGCAAUGUGUGUGGAAAGCAGGAACAGCUGGAGGAUAAACACAAGUAUUUUCUAGACCCUGAAGAAGGCCUAAGGAACUCGUGGUCUAAAGACAGAGACCAACUGAGGAUGGAGAACAAAAAGAGGGACUUCAUAUACAGUGGCUAAAGGAGAAGGUCUCAGAAUGGGGGACAAGGCCAGGAUGCAGCACGGAGACCCUGAGAGGAGGAGGGAGGAGGAAGAGAGAAGGUGGAGCUCCAGGAGUUUCAAUGUAGGGGCCGCCUCCAGCUUCCUCUCUACCCUUAUGACCUUCCCCAUCUACAAGACCAUCUUCCGCCAGCAGAUCCAUGCCUUUUCCAUACAGGAGGCCAUACAGCAACUGCGCCAGGAGGGCAUGCGCCGAUUCUACCGGGGCCUCUUCCCACCACUCUUGUCCAAGACGCUCCAGGGAACCCUGUUGUUUGGCACCUAUGACAGCUUGCUCCUUCUCCUCACCAGCAACCCUUCUGAGCCUUGCACGCUGGGGGAGCGGUGGACAGCGGGCUUCCUGUCUGGCUCAGUGGAGGCCUUAGUCCUGAACCCCUUUGAGCGGGUCCAGAAUGUCCUGCAAGAUGGACGGAAAGAUGCCAGGUUCCCAAACACCCGCAGCAUCCUGCAGGAAUUCAACUCGUAUGGUCUGAAGGAAAGGCUGAUUGUAGGCUACUACCGUGGCCUCAGCCCCGUCCUGCUGCGGAACAGCCUGGGCAGUGCACUGUACUUCUCUUUUAAGGAUCCCCUCCGUGAUGGCCUGGCCGCGAGGGGCUUGCCUAGCUGGCUCCCUGCCCUGGUGUCUGGCAGUGUUAACGGGACGGUGACUUGCCUGGCGUUGUACCCUCUGAGUGUCCUCAUUGCUAACAUGCAGUCACAGGUUGUGGGGAGGGAUCUCCCUGGCCUCCGGCAGUCUGUGUGGUCUGUCUGGGAGUCACACGGGAGGAAGCUGACCAUUCUGUAUCGGGGCGGCUCCCUCCUUGUCCUCAGGUCCUGCCUGACAUGGGGUCUCACCACUGCCAUCCAUGACUUCCUGAAAGAGAACACAGGGCAGAAGUCCCAGGAGGAAUAAGGGGAGAGGCCAGAGAACCAUUGGCCCUGACAUGUCUAGUGUCAUGUCUCAGAGCCCUGAGGACUUUGAAUGGGAUUUCGCUUGUUUACAAAGAGGCCCUGAAGCUCAUAGUCAAUAAAACUUUAACACACAAGCUAA